AUGGCACCGCCAGCCCAUUCUCACACUCAACCCUCCCAAAAAGAAGAAGAAGAAGAAGAACCCUAUUCAGAAGAUGAAGAUGAAGAAGAAUUAUCUUCUGAAGAACCAGAGCGAAAAGAAGAAUCUUCUGGAGAAGAAGAGGAGGAGGAUGAAGGAUCGUCUGAAGAAGGAGAAGAAUCUGAAGGAGAUAAAGAAAAAGAGCCAAAAACUCAAACCCCACCACCCAAAUCACAUUCAAGAAACGAAGAGGAAGAUGGGUCGGAUUCUGAACCCGAAUCAGACUCCUCUCCUUCUCAGUUCAAACUGCAGCCUAUCUCUAAGCAGCCAGCCCCCUCUGCCAAACGUGCCCGACAAGAGGAUAGCAAUAGUGAAGAUUCUUCAAGGAGCCAGAAAAAGCUGAAAACUGUUGAGAAAAUGUCUGAUCCUACUUCUGUUUCUGCCACUUCUGGAGGUGGAGGAUGUAUUAUGAGGCUGUGGACUGAGGAGGAUGAGAUUGGUCUUCUUAAAGGUAUGAUUAACUUCAAAAGCCAAAAGGGGGUGGAUCCAUAUGCAGACAUGGGUGCUUUUUUUGAUUAUAUUAAGCAAAAAUUAGAAGUGGUUAGUUCUAGGGUGCAAAUGAGUAGUAAGAUUAGCAGGAUGAAAAAGAGAUUCUUGAAUGCUGUGGAGAAAGGUGAGAAUGGUGAGGACCCUGUUUUCUCCAAGCCUCAUGAAUGCACGGCCUUUGAUCUUUCCAAGAAAAUCUGGGGUGCAGCGGUUGAAAAGAGUAAAGGCAGUAAUACCAAUAGGGUUGUUGAGAAUGUGAAGAAAGAUAAGGGGAAAUCAGAAAAAAGUAGCAAAGAUGAGGAGCAGCAGAUUGUAAGGAAAGAAAAAGAGGUUGGAGUAGACUUUUGGUCCAAUUAUCCGUUUCUCAGAAGGUCGUUUGAAGCGAAUGGGGUUUGUCAGUCCUUGUCAAUGCCUGAUAGUGUAAUGGGUUUUGUGAAGGAGAAGAUGAGUUUGCUUGGGAGUGCAAAAGCAAAGGAUUUGGAGGAGAAGUGGAAGGAUUUGUUUGAGAAGGAAACUGAACUCUAUCUCGAAAUGUUGAGUUUGAUGAGGGAACAGACUAAGUUGGCAUUGGGGAUGUAA